AUGGCAACCGAUGAGAGUUGCUACUCCGGAGAAGCUGCCAGGAGGGAAGGAGGGAGUGGGAACGGCUGUGGGCGGGGCGGGCAGGAUUCCCGCCACCACACGCAGACCGGGACCCACUCCCCCUCCAACGGGAGCCUCUUCCAGUUUCCUAAAUUCCCCGCUGACGUGGGCGCCACGUCAGUGUGUAGGAGCCGCGGCCGCAUGAACGAGGAGCCGGCCCGACCACUCUCCCCGCCUAUAAAAGCCGCGACGCCAAGCCCGCCGCUGCGGGAACGGGAGCCGGGCACCGGCCGACGGGCACCGGGCACCGGCCGACGGGCACCGGCCGACGGGCACCGGCCGACGGGCACCGGGCGAAGGGCAGCUCCCACCCGCCCAGCCCGGCGGCCCCGCCAGGCAUCCUGGCCCCUGGUGGACCCCGGCGGGGCCCCGGAGAGCCCCUGUCUCCCGCCCCAGAGCUGGGGGCUUCCUGCGGGCGCCGUGACUCAGCCGCGGCCGCCGAGCGGGGAGAGGCGGGAGCAGGGGCAGGAGGAUCCGGAGCCGUCGGCGCCCGCCCCGGCAGCGCGCCGGACCCUUGGCCGCAGGCUGCUUUACUGCCCGCCCCGCCCCGCCCCGCCUCAGUAA